AGAAAAUCAAACCCAGAUUCUUGUUACCGACCUUUACAGAACUGUAAAGAAGGAAAAAUUGCAAUUUUUUGAAAAUAUUCGUGGAACAUUUGACACAGCUUUUACCUCUAACAAGAUGAAAGCACUUCCUAUAAAUUUGUUUAUUUUCGGUCGUUUCGCGUUCGGCUAUUAUCGGAUCGGAAGAACGAUGUUACUUUUAAGUCCAGUUAUCUUGACUACGCUUUUCACUAGUUACAGAUUACGAAAUACUACACCGAGGAAUGAAAAUAAAACAAAAGUGAACACACACUGGUAUAUUUUAAACCUUUUGCGAUGAAACGUGUCUUUUUAUUCCGAAGUUAUCCGAACGUUAUCGAACGUAACGAAUGCAAGUUCAUCGGAUGACCCGGAAAUACUCAUGCUAAUUCCAAUAUGGCGAAACGCAAAGGAACUACGGAACAGUCACAAAACAAAGUGAAAAAGCUGAAGAAAUCGAGAUCACUAUCAAAGAAAGUGCCACGAGAACGAAAUUCAACCAGCACUUCAACAGAAGGUCUCCUUAAGAAGAGGAAAUGGAUAAACAAGACAAGAGUGUUAAUCUUUUGUUCAAGAGGGAUUUCAUACAGAGGACGACAUCUUAUGAAUGAUCUGCGAAGGCUAAUGCCGCAUUCAAAACCAGAUGUGAAAAUGGAAAAGAAAGAUGGACUGUUUUUAGUCAAUGAGAUCUGUGAAAUAAAGAACUGCAAUAAAGUCAUAUAUUUUGAAGCCAAAAAGAAAAAAGAUCUUUACAUGUGGAUUGCCAAUUCACCGAAUGGUCCAUCCGCAAAAUUUCUUAUUGAAAAUUUACAUACUAUGGAUGAACUUAAAAUGACUGGCAAUUGUUUGAAAGGAUCUCGACCAAUUCUGUCGUUUGAUUCGUCUUUUGGUGGCGAGCCCCACUACGCCUUACUCAAAGAAGUCUUCACUCAGAUUUUCAGUACGCCAUACCAUCAUCCUAAAAGUCAACCAUUCGUUGACCACGUUUAUACCUUUUCUGUUGGCGACAAUAGAAUAUGGUUCAGGAAUUAUCAGAUUGUAGAAGAAGAUGGUUCACUAGCUGAGGUUGGACCAAGAUUUGUACUCAAUCUUAUUAAAAUAUUUGGUGGUAGUUUUAUUGGUCCAACUUUGUAUGAAAAUCCUCACUAUAAAUCACCUAAUGAGCAACGGCGAGACUUGAAGCGAGAAGCAUCUCUACGGUACCAAAACCGAAUUCAAUCUAAAGCUGUACUUGAUCAAAGACGUGAACAAUCAAAAGACACUUCGUACAAGAUGGAUACUACAGAUGAAGUGUUUUUCACAAUAAAACCUGAAGAUGCUGAAGGACUUGCCAAAUCAACAUUUUAUCGAAAAAAAUAAGCAUAAUUUACAUAUAUCUUGGGAUGUAUAGUGAUGCACUCAAAGUUAACAAUGGAUUUGGUGAAGUUGAUGGUUUUCGUAUUAAAUUCAUUUGGGAUUUGGUCUUCCGGGAGACAAGAUGUCAGUUGCCCGUCAAACAGUUUUAUUUUGUAUAUGUGUAUCACAACCCGUAUGGUCACUUUGCUAAGAUUACAGAUUGCUUAGAGACUGGUAUUUUCACUUGUAUCGACUUUCAUUAAAUGGAAAAUGACAUUU